AUGACGUUGCUGCAGGUGCCGAGUGUUCUCGACUACCCUCCCUCCUGUGCAGGGCACAUCCCCGUCUCGGCGAAUUUGGUGCUGCUGUGCCUGGGUUGCCUUGACUUUCUCGGUUCUUUGGUUCCGCCUCAACAUCGUCAACACAUCCCGGCACAUCCUGGCCUGCCCUCUGUGCUCGCUGUUCGCUUCAUUCCUUCAAUCUUUGAACAUUUUUGA